UGAAAGAGGCUGAGAAUGACUUCAGCCCUGCCAACUCUGUAUGGUCAGUACAACACCCAGUAUGGUGGGUAUGGUGCUGCCCCAGGCCAACCUGCUCAGCCUGGGUACUACCAGCAACAACAGCCUGGAGCCAUGCCCCCUAUGCCCCCUGGGGCUCAACAACCCCAGCAGCAGCAGUGGAUGGUCCGACCCCAGGGGAUCCCUGGCUGCCCCCCAGGGCUGGAGUAUCUCACCCAGGUCGACCAGCUCUUGGUUCACCAGCAGGUGGAGUUACUGGAGGCCUUCACUGGUUGGGAGACCAAGAAUAAGUACCAGGUGAAGAACUCUCUUGGACAACAGGUUUAUUUUGCUGCUGAGGAGUCUGACAUGUGUAUGAGGCAGUGUUGUGGUCCAGGGAGAGGGUUCCAGAUGCACAUCACAGACAACAUGGGACAGGAAGUGGUGCGAGUUAAUCGAGAGUUCAAGUGUUGCGCUGGCUGCUGUUGGUGCGCCGGUGCUGAUUGUUGCGCCAUGGAAGUCAGUGUAGAGUCACCGCCGGGACAGGUUGUUGGACAUGUGAGACAGGCUACAAGCGGUUGGGCCCCUAAAUACACCAUCAUGGAUGCUGGGAUGAAGACAAUCUUUGAGGUGAACGGGCCAUGCUGCAUCUGCCAGGGACCUUGUUGUACUUGGGACCAAGACUUUGUGAUCACUCCACCAGGUGGCGGUGAGGAGGUAGGGAAGAUCAGCAAGCAGUGGACUGGACUGAUCAAGGAGAUGUUCACUGAUGCAGACAACUUUGGCGUGACAUUCCCCAUGGAUCUGGAUGUGAAGCUGAAGGCCACACUUCUGGGAGCUGUUUUCCUCAUUGACUUCAUGUACUUCGAGCAUCAGAACAAUAAUUGAAAAGCAAACUAGUACGCGCAAGCGGGGUAGUUUCUGGUGAAGAUCAGUUAGCACAAUUAUGGAGCAUUCAUAGCACUGCUUGUGCACCUUUGGGGUACUUGCAUAUUAGACCUCACCCUACACACGCUAUAUUCAAUAAUUUUGAAGUGAUCUAUUGUGUACACCAUUGGAUUUAAUUGUAUAAAUUCAUGUUCACCAGCCAGGCUUAAAUGCUAUCAGUCGUAAACACUGUCAGUUUUGUGUCACUUUGUUGGUGUAAAUUUAACUAGUCGGUCACAUUACUGGCAUCACUCAAAUGAGACGGAAUACUAAUAGUUAGAACUACAGAUCGCUCGAACAAAUGUGGUACAUUUUAAAGUAUGUGAACAACGUUUUUAGAAUUACAUGUAUCAGAUAUAUUUUGUGUGCAUCUAACAUCAGAUUGGCCAGUUCUUUGAAGGAUUGUUUGUAUACAGUAUGAUUAUUAUAUAAUGUUGGCUCUAAAAGAUCUGUGAUUUUUUGGGGAAGGUAUUCAUUCAGAAAUUGUACAAAGCUUGUGGUGUAUUUUUGUGCCUUUGGUAUCACUUAGAUUUAUAUUUAUACGGAAUUUAUAUAAAUGGGACUUCCUAAAGUAUGACAACUGA